AUGUACACUGACGACUCAGCAGAAGAGAAGAAAUGUAUCGCUACGCUGCGUUCAUCCCUUAGUGAUGAGAUAAUGCAAUUGUGUUCAUGUGAUGGCAUACCUGGUAUGUCCCUGAAGACAAAGGAUCCAAUAAAGCUGAGCAGUAGGACAGCACAGGGAAGCGCAUACCCAAAAUAUUCAAGCGAGACGGCCAACCAAACGGUGCCCAACAUUAGAAGCAGAAAUAACAAACUACUCUCUCGACGGCAUAUAAGCUCCGGCGUUAGCGUCAGGUCAUCGAAAAUGGUGGCGUUUUCGGUGCCGUUCGUCGUGUUUGCGAACAAUGAUACUCGACCGAAACACUGCUAUUGUAUUGCAUAUCAGUGCAAAUCGGCGAAUAAUAAUUUAGGGCUCAUGUGUUUCUUCGGGUUCAGUCCCUGGCCCUACGUCAAGAUGGUCUUCCCCGUCAUUAUUCUAUUACUACUGCCAUUUAGACAUAAGAUUGUUCCCGUCGUUAUCGAUCAAAAAUAUCUCGAAGCACUCGACGGUGAGAAUCAAUAACAACGACUAAAAUCAUAACAAUUAUUGAAUUUGUAUAUAAAUAUAAAGGAUGAAGAAGUGGACUAUAUAUUAGAUUAAUUGGAAACCAUUAAAACCACA